UGUAAUAGAAAGGUCAGCUUUGUGUCAUUUAGCUACAGGAUGCUUGAUGAAGUGAAGUUCUUCAGAUAAUGCAACAAAGAACUUUAGGAUGAGUAAAAGUUUCUGCCGUGCAUAUUCAAACAGGAAAUCUGAGAUUCAGAACAACUUAUAUUUUGGCUUGUAUUUGCUGAUCAUGGGGUGAUCCAGAAAUAAACUCCAGGCUUCAAAGCGGGAGUGUUUCAAAGCUGUCCUGCAGUUGAUCGAAACAUCCAGGCAAAGCAGGGAGAUGAAUACCAGCAAGGAUUUUCUGAAUUGAGACCUAAUCAAGAAGAUAACCCAUUUCAACAGUAUUAUUACCCUUUUAUUGCAGAACAAAAAGGAAAGCAAAAUAACAUAAAAUGGCUACGAUGGCAGCAAAUACUCAAAGACAAACAAUAGGCUCCGAGGAAUACAGUCUGUACAGUAGCUUGAGUGAAGACGAGCUUAUAAAGAUGGCCAUCCAGCAGAGCCUGGGAGAGGACCCGGUGGGUCCAGCAGCUGCCCAGAAGCCGCUGGUGGGAGGUCCUGGCGAGGCAUCCCCCAGCCGCGCCAGCAGCCACAACCCGCCCUACCGCAUCUACCCGUGGCAAAGAUUGGCGGCCCAGCCGAGAGGCCGUCCUCAGCCGUCCAGCUCAGGGGCAGCCUGGGGGUUCAGACGAAGGUACGACGGCAGCAUGUCCAGCACAUCCCAGCCCGUAGAACUUGACCCCGUAGUGGCAGCAAUCAAGGAUGGAGAUGAAAAAGCAGUAUGUAACAUGAUGAAAUCAGGAAAAGACCUCUCUAAACCUAAUAAGGACGGCUGGAUACCCCUCCAUGAAGCUGCGUACUAUGGCCAAGUGGGUUGCCUGAGCCUGUUGCAAAAAGCAUACCCUGGCACAAUCGACCAACGCACACUCAAUGAGGAGACAGCUCUCUACUUGGCCACCAGCCGUGGCAACCUGGAUUGCCUGCUUACCCUGCUGCAGGCUGGGGCAGAGCCCGACAUCUCCAACAAGGCCAGAGAAACACCGCUCUACAAAGCCUGUGAGCGCAAGAAUGCAGAGGCUGCAAGACUCCUGGUACAGUACAAUGCUGAUACCAACCAUCGUUGCAAUCGAGGAUGGACUGCUCUCCAUGAGGCUGUCUCCCGAAAUGACCUGGAGAUCAUGGAUAUCCUGGUGAAAGGGGGUGCCAAGAUUGAGUCUGCAAAUACCUAUGGGAUCACUUCUUUAUUUGUGGCAGCUGAGAGUGGGCAGUUGGAAGCUUUGAGAUACCUGGCAAAAUGUGGUGCUGAUAUAAAUACUCAAGCCAGUGAUAAUGCCUCUGCUCUUUAUGAAGCCUGUAAAAAUGGACACAUACCUAUUGUGGAGUUUCUUUUGUCCCAGGGAGCGGAUGCUAACAAAGCCAAUAAGGAUGGACUGUUGCCUCUGCACAUAGCAGCCAAAAAAGGGAUUUGCGAGAUUGUCUCCAUGCUGAUCCCUGUUACCAGCCGCACCCGUGUCAAGCGCAGCGGCAUCAGCCCUCUACAUUUGGCGGCCGAACGCAACAAUGAUGACAUCUUGGAAGAGUUGAUUGAUGCUGGCUAUGAUGUCAAUAGCACCCUCUCUGAUGAGCGGUCCUGCCUUUACGAGGACAGACGCACCACCCCCCUCUAUUUUGCUGUUUUUAACAACAACAUCUAUGCCACAGAACUUCUGCUGCAAGCUGGAGCCAACCCCAAUGUUGACCUCAUCAACCCGUUACUCAUCUCGAUCCGCCAUGGCUGCCUGAAGACCAUGAAACUGCUCCUUGACCAUGGAGCAAACAUUGAUGCCUAUAUAUCAAGCCAUCCCACUGCAUUUCCAGCUACCAUCAUGUUUUCGAUGAAGUACCUUUCCGUGCUGAAGUAUCUCCUUGAUCUGGGCUGUGAUGCAGGUUCCUGUUUUGAAUGUCAGUAUGGAAAUGGCCCACACCCUGCAUUAAAUUACAGACGGGACAGAUUUAAUGAUCCUCAGCUGUCCAAGCAGCCAACUGUAGUACAGUUUUGUGAAAUGGUGUCUACUCCAGAGAUGAGUCGCUGGGCUGGGCCAAUCAUUGAUGUUCUCCUGGAUUAUGUGGGUAACGUGCAGCUCUGUUCCCGGCUCAAGGAGCAUAUUGACAGCUAUGAGGACUGGGCUGUCAUUAAAGAAAAAGCAGAGCCUCCACGACCUCUUUCCCACCUUUGCCGCAUCAAGGUACGAAGCCUUGUUGGAAGAAACCGCAUUAAACUCCUUGACACCUUGCCUCUCCCAGACAGACUGAUUCGAUACCUACAGCACGAUUACACACAGUGACCCCGGGCACACUGGACACACAGCAGCUUCCUGGCAUGGCACGCAGUGUCAUCAGCAUGGCGAGGGCAAACCUCUGCAUGGUGGGGAGGAAUCGCUGCUGGCUUGGUCAAGCAGCCUCCAGUGACUAAUCUAAGAGAAAUAUGGAGAAGACAGAGAGCUAGACACAGGACUGUUAUUAGGUUUUCCAAGAGAAAACACAUAUGAUUCACCUCAGAGCUUUGUCUGUAAAGAACAAGAAAUGAAAGUCAACACUGAAAAACAAAUCGUGCUGAAGCAAGUAUCAAUGGGGAAUUCAAGGGCAUCCUGAGGCUGUGAUGGAGCUUAGCAUCCUUGCUGUGAUCACAAUAUAGAAAUUGUCAAGAGUCAACAUAUUUGGGAAAACAAUCACAUUUCCUUCACUAACUGAGAUUUUUAUUUUUGUUUCUAUUUACUUUUUGGAUUUCUGCUAAGUGUGUUGGUUGCUGAUUUUUGAUAACUUGCACUGUCUUGCUAACACUUUUGCUUUCAUUUUUUUGACCUUUUCUAUUGAGCAGAGUACUUGAUUUCUGAACAUUCAAAGCUCACAACUUUUUAAUAGACUAAAAUCCAGAAAUGAUGAUUCCUUUAAAAUUCGAGGGAAGGUUUAUUUAAAAAGCAUGUAAGAAUUGUACUUGCACAUAUAAAAUACAGUUCAUGUUGUAUUACAUUUGCAAUGAGAGGUAGGUGACAUUCUGCUUGAAUUUCCUAGACUGGGUACUUGAAAGCAACUCUGAUUAUUAUUUCUUUUUUUUUCUUUCUUUUUUUUUUUUUUUUUUGGGCAGGGGGUGUGUGUGUAAAUCAGUGAAUUAGUAGUAGCUGCUCUGUAACCAAUAGCUUUACUCCGUGAUGAAGGUGGUGUCAGAACAGAAUACCGAAUAAAGCCCUAGAUGAACAUGUACAGCAAGUGAUGUGGAGAACAGAGGUACACAGAGGGAGGCAACACUACUAAACUUAACUGUUGCUCCACUAGAAGAUCUUGUUCCUACAAAACCCAGCCUCUCUUACCUCCUUGGACCUCUGUGGCUGUAACAAUACCACCACUGGAAGAAAAGAUAUAUUAUUUUAAAACUACAAAAGUCAGACUUUGAGAUUUAUGGAAACAAAUACCCAGAAUUAGGCUUCCAAAUCCUUAUUCAGGUGCCUAAACAAUGCCAAGUUGCUUGCACCAGGUGUAGUUCCACUUAAGCCAAUGGGACCCCAUUUGGCGUUAGAUAUUACUGAGGUAGAAUAAAAAUUUUAGGAUUUAGCCCUGAAUUUCCUGACCUUGGAAGUCUGAAGUAUUCAUUAGCUCCCCUUGACACUGAUGAAAGUUAUUAUCUCAGCUUCUUGGAAAAUUAGGUCACCUAUUUACAGCUCAGAUCCACAACUGAUUUAUGGCAGCUUAACAAGUUACCAUCUAUCAGUUGAACCACUAUAAUUGUCCGUGAAAUUCUUUUAUUGAAGUUUUUAACAAGUCACAUUCCCUCACAGCUGGGAAGGCCAAGGAGCUCACAAACGGCUACUGGCAGUGACUACAGCUCAGCUGACAGGUGUGACUUGCUGAAACACUGAUUUGACCAGUGUCUCAUUCCUGAGUAGGAACCUAAGGAGGGAUGAAAGACCCUGAAUUUGGAACUGCAUCUCUACAUAUCUUAUGCUAGAAGCACACUCAUUCUUACCUUAGGUGACAAAUGAGCUUGAUUUGUUUGGACACCAUGGUUUGUUUGGAUUCCCCACCAAAGACCUGACAGAUCUGGUUUUGUUUGUUGGCCUGCAUACCAUCCACGGAAUCAGAUAGAAAUGUAAGUAAGGAAAAUACAUUGCACCGAGUUUUAUUUGUGUGGAGCUUUAUACCUUAACACAAGACUAAAAGUGUGUUGCACACAUACAAGUCUGCCUGGGCACAGAAGUUCAGAUUCUGUGAUGGUUUUGUGGGAAAUGUGUUUGGCACUUGUGGGACAGGAUGUGAGCAAAAUAACUGGUUAUAGCUACAGGCACUCUGUCCAUAGCUGUCCAUUUCUGAAAUGCAAAAGAAGUUGGAAAACCAACAGAGUUUCAAUUCACACUGAACAGUGAUCUUCAUGCAAAGCUUUGGAAAGUUAGGUGAGAUUCCUUCACUGCUGAAAUUUUGACCAGUGCCUUCCAUUUCUACCAGUUUAUGGUCUAAUCCCUUUUUUCCUGCAGCACAAACAGGGAAUUGCUUCAGAUUGGAGAACUACUGGGCAGAGGGAAAGGGAUGGGGAACAGAAAAUCUUUAGACUAGUUUUGCCAGUGGAGGCCCUGUAUUGGUAAGCAAUAACUUGAGAGAUAAAAAACCACCUGUGGAGUUUGUGCAUCUCUCACUUUAUCAGGCUGAGCAGCAAAGGUCUGGGUCUUAUUCACAUUGGUAUAAAUCAGAGGAAAAUUUCUUGAAAUUAAUUGAGUGUAACAUUCAGAGUAGUAAAGGGUGAUUGAUACAGGCAUGGUUUGGUGGAGACCAUUUACUUAGGCACUUGUUUGAUGUACAAUGACAGCCCUGGAGGCUGCUGACUGAUAGAAGGAUUCACAAUCACCAACUGCCUGAACAACCACAGGGGUGAAGUUUCAUUCCCGAACUGGGAAUUUCCCCUGAGUCAACAUUCUUAUGUACACAAAAGUCUCAUGAAAUGCAGCGUCUUUUCAUGUCCUUGGAGAAGUCAAAACUGGGUUUGAGUGGAGAAAAUAUUGAAAAUCCAUUUCUUCUUUCAACCAAGAGACCUUCAUCUCUAUUGGGAGACCCAUGUCCUGGUUGCUGUCAACCAUCAGUCCUGAGCAGGAGAGUCACUGAGCUGGAGAGCACUGGUCUGAUGGGAACAUACCGCAACUGCGGGAAAGAUUAGGGCACAUUGUGCACAGAAAUUGAGGAGAGAAGAGCCUGUUUGGGGCGGGGGGAAUCAGGUAAUUGCAAUGUUACUAAGUCCUUUCUGCUUGAUCCUUACAGCAAAUACACACUCGGUUUACAUGUACUUAUACUAAAUGGAGCCCACUACCUCUCCAGUCUGUUCACUGACACAAUAUUUUGUGCACCAUACUGAAUCUGCACAAAUUCAAUAUGCAUUUAAUGCAUCUAUCUAGGAGUUACUGUGAAAAAACAAAUACCCCAAAACCCAAACAAACUAGGCUUUGUAAACAGAUCAGUAGGUCUAGUGCAAGGUAAAGUGGCUUGUUUUUACUGAGUGCGAUAGAUAGAGUCCUUCAGAGAUUAUGACUUUAUGUGAAAUGUUCUAGGAAUAUUUCAUGAUCAGGUUACUGUACUUUUUUUUACUGCAACAUGUGCAAUUCACUUGAUGUUUUUGUGCACUUUUUUCAUUUUUUAUUUUGUUUUAUAUGAAAGCCUUUUCAUUUACCUGUCCCCUCCCAUUAUUUAUAAAAGCUGUUGUGGUUUUAACAGUUUGAAUCUGCAUUGUUGUAGUAAAUAGCAGCUCUCAAAUGUUAUGUUUCAAACAAAGUGUGAAUAAACAAGUAGAUUCUGAAGGGCUAUCAGCUGUCCUGAAUAGCAACAUUGAGCAACCAAACACAAAAAUAGCCAGGGAAAGUCUGAAUCAAUCCAAGCUUGAAAAAUUAAUAAUUUUGAUGUUACUCUCAGUGGUGAGAGAACAGUAAGUAUUGCUAGAGAGCAGAUAAAGUUGCUAUUCUGUGCAAACCUUUUGGAAAGUCUCACACAUGCCCAUUCAGUGAUUUCUGAACAAUUUUCUUCUGUUCGUUUGUGUUUUACUUUGUUUAUGCUUCAGUUCAGAACCCUGGCAAAGGCCACUGCCUGCCCUGAGCUGGGGAGGAAAGUUCCAUGUCACGAAGGAUUUUAAGGAUCUUUUAAAGUAACAUCAGUUUAAAUCUGAGGGUAAGUGCAUAAAUAUCUGUGUGUUGGAGGUAAUUUGGAAUGAUAUAGUUCAAUGCCUCAUUGUAACUUUUAAACAUGCUAUUCUACUACAUGGAAAAUGUACAGCAACAUACAUUCAAAUAAGAAACAGUAUAAAGGAAGAAGAAAACAAAGAAUUUAAUACCCAGAAGGUAGAAACUUGAUUUUAACUCUUUCCUUUCUCUGAAUUUCUUCAGAAAUAAAAUUUCUACAGAGGGUACCCACUUUGCCAAGUAUUUUAAUUUUGAUAGAAAUCCAUGUUCUGGUGUGACACUUGUGCACAGCAAUCACUGCAAUAACUGUGGCUCGUUCCACAACUUGCUCUGAUCACCCAGAUGGAAAUCCAGACCAAUGCCAAGGAGGCUGCUCUGCAUUGAUAGCACUCAGGCAGAGUUCAGCAUCUGGCUUCAUCUGGAUUACAACAGCGACACAGAGCUAUUGGUGUGAGAAAGCACCCCUAUUUCAAUGUAAAAAAUUCCUUGCCUACGGCUCUGUAAAUUCAGAGCCACAGUUCUCCUCCCAUUCACUUAAAUGGGGGGAUUGCCUCUGGUUUCUCUUAGAGUCUCCUUGUGGAGACAGACAGAGUUUCCUCAUGGAUUUUUUCUUCCAAAAAGUAAAAAAGGAAAAGAUGUCUAAGUAUAUUCCUAUCUUCACUUCUGGAUCAUGAGCUAACCUGAUGUCUUUAAUCCUUAGAUCAGCUCUUUACCACCUUGCACCUUGCAUGUAGUUGCAGGUAUGUGAUACCAAAGCCAUUUCCUGCUGUCCUAUAGGAGUAGUCUAUACAGGCGUGAUACGUAUAUUAAGUGCUGGUAGCAUGGAAAAAACAAUGAAAGCCACCUCCAUUUCUACUUUUGGUCUGCUGGACUAGCGCAUUACAGCUGUUGUUUCCAUGAAAGUAGACAUUAUGGGGAUAUACUGUGAGGUUUGGGGAAAGAACGAGCUAUUUUUAGCCUGAGAGUAGUUCAUAUUCUAACAAAAGUUGCAAAGUGGUGAUGUAACACCAAGAAAGCCCCAUCAGAAUAUCCAAAAUUACAGUCCACAGUUGCUUAAGAUGAUACUGUUUUCAUGACUGCAAUGUAUUAGGAAGAAAUGUUGCCUAUUUAUACCCUUCUGGAGAUACCAAGACUCAUGGGGAGCUAUACUAGCCAGAGGCCAAGCUGAUUGAGGCCACUUUUUAUUGAAUCCUGGGAGAAGUUCCCAUUAGCUUCAGUGAGAGCAGAAGACACCUGAGACAUCACAGGUGUCCGUUCCCUGGCCCUUUUCCCUUCCAUAAUAUACUUUUCUUGACCUCAAGUGAUUUACUCCAGUAUAACUGAAUAGAGACACAGGCCUGAAGUAUUAAACCUUUCAGAUGUCACGUUUUGUCCUUAGCACCACUUUCUCCAUGGGUUUAAGAGAAAUCUAACUUAAAAAAAUCUCCUGUUAACUUUUCUAAUGCUGAUUUGUUAAAAUAAUUGGGAAAACACCAGGCAAAUGACUUGCAGCCAAGUCUUGUGAUAGCAUCUUAAAAUCAGGCAAAAUAAAAUAUGUCUGUGAGCCAGAAAUCAAGACAGGCUAUUCUACACACUUUUUUCUUCUAUUUUAUGGUUUUGUAUUCAACUAAUUACACAAGUUCUCACUUGUUCUGUUGAUGCAGAACAAUUCCUGAUGCAGAAAUUCAUGCUGUUUGUUUGCACCAGCUUAACAUUAGCUAAUUUCACAGUCCCAGAAGAAUUGGUUUUGAUUUAUACCAGUCUGAAUACUCAGAGAUUUCAGCCCUCAUAUCUAACCACCAGCUGCAAAUCAAACCUGUGUCUACCCACUGGGGCAAAAAUAAACAGACUGCAUUUGCACAAUCACCAAAAUAAAAUUACCUCCUUUCUUCCCAUA